AAAAGGCAUAUAGCAAGCAAGGAGUUAAGGCACCCUGGCCUAUUUAUAAAUAUCAAUCACUUCAUUCAAUUAAUUUCUUCGUAUCCUUUCUGUUUGUUAUUACUUCCCCAUAUUUGUUUCUCAUCGCAUAACACCUACCAUUCAAACAAAAAGGAAAAACGACUAUAGUUUUUUUUUUUUUUAUAUAAACUCCAACGUAAGCCAUAGAUUUUCUUCAUAUUUGACUAUAUAUACCCAUACACACUCACAAAGGUUGCAUACCAGUUAAUUAAUUAUCACUGUGUAUAGAUCCUAGAGCUUCCAUAGAGAAAAGCGAGCAAAGAUCAAGUGAAACAGAAGGAGAAUCAUCAGAAGAUGGGAGUGCAAGGAACUUUGGAAUACUUCUCUGACUUACUCAGCAGCACCAAGAAGAAGAAGAAGAAGAAGCAAAUGCAAACUGUAGCUCUGAAAAUCAGAAUGGACUGUGAAGGAUGUGCACGGAAGGUGAAGCAUGUUCUUUCUGGUGUUAAAGGAGCUAAAUCAGUGGAAGUGGACUUGAAGCAGCAGAAAGCAACGGUGACAGGGUAUGUUGAGGCAAAGAAAGUUCUUAAGGCUGCGCAAUCUACUAAGAAAAAGGUUGAACUGUGGCCAUACGUUCCCUACACUAUGGUGGCUAACCCUUAUAUUUCACAGGCCUACGAUAAGAAGGCACCUCCUAAUAUGGUGAGGAAGGUGGCUGACACCGCCAACGUCUCGGAAACCACCGUCGACGACCGCUACGUACAAAUCUUCAGUGAUGAAAACCCUAAUGCCUGCUCUAUCAUGUAAUCAUUUUCCACUCAUUUUCACAUUAACUAUAUAAGAAAUAUAUGUAUUAAAGAAGGGUAUGGUUUUGUAAGUUUUUGUAAAUUUUGUGAUAUCAUUUUGGUACUAGCUUGGUUUUUGUGUA